GCCGCUCUGCGCGUGGCCGUCUAGUUCUCUCUGAGGCGCGUGAAUGCACGAGUACACAAGGCAUUAUCUUCAUUUCCAGUUUCAUCGGCAAUUUACAGAAUGCGGAGGUGAAAACGGACGGUCUCGCCGAUCGAGGUACAAAUCCUUGACGGUAUACACUGGUAUUAGACCAGUUAGUAUUAUUUUUAAUAUCUGAAAGCUGUUCCUGGGCGAAAAUCACGCAUGCAUUCAAACAGAGGAUUAUCGCGGAGGAACUGCCUUGAAACCAUGAGCUGCAGUUGGGGGACGGAGCUGUGGGAUCAGUUUGAUAAUCUAGAGAAACACACUCAGUGGGGCAUUGAGUUUUUGGAGCGCUACACUAAGUUUGUGAAGGAACGGUCUGAAAUCGAACUGAGCUAUGCCAAACAGAUCAGGAAUCUGUCCAAGAAGUAUCAGCUGAAGAAGAACUCUAAAGAUGAGGAGGAAUACAAGUACACGUCAUGUAGAGCAUUUCUGAUUACCUUAAAUGAGCUGAACGACUACGCGGGUCAACACGAGGUCAUCGCCGAAAACCUGUCCUCUCAGAUCACCGCCGAAUUGACCCGCUACACUCAAGAACUGAAGGCUGAACGGAAAUCGCAUUUCCAUGAUGGCCGCAGAGCGCAACAGCACAUUGAGAAUUCCUGGAAGCAGCUGGAAUCGAGUAAGAGAAGAUUUGAAAGAGACUGUAAGGAAGCGGAUCGCGCCCAGCAUUACUUCGACAAGGUGGAUGCCGACAUUAACGUGACUAAAGCAGACGUGGAAAAGCGGUGUUCUCUCAAGGCGAAACAGCAAGCUCAGUUGAGGCAUCAGGUAGCUGAAGACAGUAAAAACGAGUACCUGACAUACCUGCAGAAGUUCAACAAGGACCAACACGAGCACUACUACACCCUCAUACCACACAUCUUUCAAAGGAUACAGGAGAUGGAGGAGAGGCGAGUGGGCAGGGUGAGGGAAAGCAUGCGGGUGUACACUGAGGUCGAGCGUAAAGUAUUACCCAUCGUCAGCAAGUGUCUGGACGGCAUGACCAAGGCAGCUGAAUCCAUCGAGCCUAAAAUGGACAGUAAGCAAGUUGUAGAAUCAUACAAGUCGGGCUUUGAGCCGCCGGGUGACGUGGAGUUUGAGGACUACAGUGUGUCAAUGAAGAGGGCCGUGUCAGAAUCAAGCUUCCUCAAUGCUCGCGGAGAGAGCAGACGCCGGAGCAGGAGCAAACUGUGGCCUUUACUCAAGAGAAAUAAGCUUAUGUCUUUGUUAGCGUCGCCCCGCCAGCCCCCUCCCCCUCCCCCCACCUCCCCGUCCCCGGACGGCCUCCUCAACGGCCCCCAGUCCCCGCAGCAGCCCAAGGAGCCCCUGAGCCAGCGCCUCAACGACUUCAUGAGCACCAAACACAAAAUGCACUGCCUGCGGAGCCUGAAACGUGGGCUUUCUCUAAAGCUGGGAACAGGCCAGGAGGACUACAGUCAUCUGCCCCCCGAGCAGAGGAGGAAGAAACUACAGGCCAAGCUCAAUGACAUCAAUAAGGACAUCCAGAAAGAGAUGGAUCAGAGGGACGCCCUGACUAAAAUGAAAGAUGUCUACAUUAAAAAUCCUCACUUGGGGGAUCCAGACAGUAUAGAUCCACGGUUAGAAGAAAUCACACAAAGCUUGGAAAAAUUGCAGCUUGAGGCACAUAAAUUUGAGGGCUGGCUGACGGAGGUGGAGAGGAAGUUACUUGAAAAGGGAUCUGAGUCUCAGAGAAGACAGAGCAAUCAUUUUGACUCGCAGGGCAACACGCCUCUUACAAACAACUACGGUCAAAACCGAGAGAGGUCUUCUGCACAUAGUCCGGAUGGCAGCUACACGGAAGACCCCAGCACAGAGACGACGAUGCAGUUCAAAUCGCGCAGUACUGAGUUCGAUGACGAGUUUGACGACGAGGAACCUUUACCCACUAUUGGAACAUGCAAAGCACUUUAUCCAUUUGAAGGUCAGAACGAAGGUACCAUAUCCAUGGCCGAGGGUGAAAUGCUGUAUGUAAUCGAGGAGGAUAAGGGUGACGGAUGGACCCGUGUCCGCAGAAACGAGGACGAGGAGGGAUACGUGCCCACAUCCUACAUCAAACUCUUUUUGGACACGAAUGCCAAAGAUCCCUAAAAGUGUUUGGCUGGCACAGGAGUGGCAGGGCAAGCGUCCUUGCGUGAAACGUCCUCCUCUUGUAACUGUAGUCAGAGAUGUGGGACAAUGUGGGACUAACUGAAAGGAUAUUCCAUUUUUAACGCAACCUCUCUUUCACUGAACUCCUCUCGUCUGCCAUAAUAAUGCAAACCGAUCUUUUUCAUGACUAGCGUGCUGAUUAUUUGCUAAAGCUUGCUUCUCGUAUGGACCUACAGUAGAAUAUUUAGCCGUAGCUGCUUGCCGUCAGAGCAGAGCCUUUAGGUUUGUUUGCAGAGGCACAGAGUAAGUGCCGUGUACAUGUCUUGUUAUUGCCUGGCUUGCUUCAGAGCCGAGAGGAGUUUUCUCAUGAAGACAUUAGACUUAAUGAAUAUUUGUCAGUGCAGACUGUUCAGUUGUGUGAAAACUAUAAAAAUGUGGGGGAUAAAUGGGACUCAUUUUAUACAUUAUAGGCUUGCUUUGUUUUGUUGUACACUACAGUGUUUGCAAGGCGGCACUGUAUUUAAAUCCUUCUUUUUUCUUCU